AGCCACAGAAGCAAGUUUCUCCAGCGCACUAGUUCCAUCCUCCCUGAAGACCAAUGGCGAAGUGUAAGCCAUGGCAGAAGUGCUGCUGCAUUUUUCUUGCCCUGAUCUGCGCUGCUGCUCUAGUUUGUUUGUGCAUCGCCACGAUUGUAGGUGAGGGAUGCAUCAGCGGCUUCAAACACGCGGCGGUAGCUGCAGACUCGAAGCUUUGUUCCGACAUUGGCAAGGAAAUGCUUCUGCAGGGCGGCUCAGCAGUAGAUGGCGCCAUUGCAGCUCUUCUGUGCACCUCUGUGGUCAAUCCUCAGAGCAUGGGGAUUGGAGGUGGCUCCAUAUUGGCAAUCAGAAACAAAACAGGCAACGUGACUGUCUACAACUUCCGUGAAACUGUCCCCAAGUUGUUCAAGACCAAUUUGUUGAGUGAUUGUCCCAAAGAGUUCAGAUUCUCCACAGGCAGCCAGUGGAUCGGUGUUCCUGGAGAGCUGCGGGGCUAUGAGGCUGUUCAUAAACUCUACGGGAAGCUGCCCUGGGCCAAGCUUUUCGAGCCGACCAUCAAGCUGGCCAGGAAAGGCAUCCCCAUGCCCCCUUAUCUCUCGCAAAUAAUGAGCCACUCUUUUGUGAAAAUGCAUGUGGAGAACUCAUCUUUGUGUGAAGUUCUUUGCAGCAAGAACAACGUAAGUCUGGGCAAAGAGGAGAUCCUCAAGUUUCCUAAACUGGCAGAAACUAUGGAAACCAUUGCAAAGCAAGGGGCUGAUGCUUUCUAUAAUGGCAAGAUAGGACAAGACUUAAUCCAGGACAUAAAAAACGCAGGUGGGACGCUGUCGAUGGAGGAUUUGAGGUCCUUCAAAGUCCAGGUAGGAAAUGCUUGGACGGUUCCUCUGGGAAAUAUUCGGAUGCACAUCCCUCCCCCUCCUUCGGGGGGGCCCCUGCUUGCCUUCAUCCUCGGGAUCAUGAAAGAUUACUCUUUCACUGCAGGAUCUCCAAACGUUAAUGAGAAGAUUCAGAUGUACCAUCAUUACAUCGAGGCAGUUAAAUUUGCUAAUGGACAAAAAAAGAGCAUUCGUGAUCCUAUCUUCAGUGACCAAAAGAGUGCAAACCACCUGGUUGAUCCCUCUUUCAUCAAUCGCAUCAGAAAGAUGAUUUCCCCAAACUCCACGCAUGAAAACACGUAUUACAACAACGUGGAGCCUCCCUUUGACAACUUUGGGACGACACACGUGUCUGUCAUGGAUCAAAAUGGACUUGUAGUCUCCGCCACAAGCACCAUAAACCAACUGUUUGGAGGAGCCGUUUACUCUCCGCGAACAGGAAUUAUCCUAAACAAUGAGCUUGCUGACUUUUGCAAAAGGACAACGACGUUGCAGGCAGGUGAACGGCCUCCAUCCUCCAUGGCUCCAACGAUACUGGAGUCAAAGUCUGGAGGGGUUCUUGCGAUUGGUGGAUCAGGAGGAAGCAUGAUUACCACAGCCAUGGCCUUGUCAAUAAUAAAUCAUUUGUGGUUGGGGAUGAGUUUAAAAGAUGCCAUUGCUGCGCCUAUAGUCUUUGUUGAUUCGGAGAACCAAGUAAACUUCGAACCGGGUUUUAACGAGAAUGUCAGAGAUGGCCUCAAAGCUUUUGGACACAAAGUUGGGAACUGGAACUUCUUUUUAAAUGUGGUCAACGCUGUGGGAACGGAGAACGGCUGCAUCAGCGCGAUAUCAGACAACAGGAAGUUGGGAAAAUCUGCUGGAUACUAAUCAUUAUGAUGGUAACCCAAAACAAUGUGCUGCAGAUUUCUGUGAAUGGAUCAUGCUGUUGACAUGUGACCCAAUGUCUUUAUCAUGAGAGAAGACUGCGUAUCUUCCACCCCUCUGCAUGAUGCAUACGAGAUAAAGGUGAACUUCUGAAACGGUUAUCUUGGUAAACCUUAGGUAAAAAACUGUUGCUUACACACACGAAACUGACAUCAGAUACACAUUUACAGAGGUAGGAAAUGUAUCUCUUCUCAUCAAAACACAUUUGCUGAUGUCUGAGUGCAAAACACUUAUGAUAAAAUUAUUUAAUCCAGAUAGUUUAAACAAUUUGUACUAUAGAAAUAAAAUUGCAAGUCAUCAUCUUUACUUAUAAAUAUUAAAAAAAAAUAUUUAAAGAAAAUGUGAAUGGGUAAGUUUUUUGAUCUAUGUCAUUGUGAAAAAAAGUGCAGAUCUAAAAAAAAUGAAACAUCAAGCAGAACUAAUCCUGCAGUCAAGUGCCAUUAAAGCAUUGUAUUUGAAGAUGCUCAUUGCAUAACGUGCUCUUAAAACUUCUAUUCUUUCAAUGAAUCAGCAGCUCCAAAAGUGUAAAUUAAGGUUUUAUUUGAUCAUCCUCCUAUUCUGAAUCUUUAAUUUGCUUUUGAGGUGUUUACAUAUAUUGAUUGAUUGAAUGAUUGAUUGAUUUCAAGCAUUGUAUUCAAAACAAUAAAGAAUUCACACAGAUUCAUUAAACUCAGUGCAGAAAUAAUAUAAUGCAUAGAUAAAAAACAGAAAGAAAAAAAAUAAACAAAGACAAACUUAAGUCACAUUUGGUUGAUUAAAUCUAGUGAUAAUUAACUAAAGUCAUGUAGAGUUUGUUUUAUUGCUUGAAAAGGAGUGGGAAGAAGCGAGAUCAUAUAAUCCCACCCAAUGAGUUAAUUCAUUUUAUAAUUUACAUAGUCUUUGUAAUCCGGUUCUGACCAGAUAGAUUGUUCUCAAGUUUCAAAAUCAAGUGCCUAGUAAUGAUUGAUUAUCUUCAGAAAACAUUCAUUAAUGAUUUCAGUAAACAGUAACGGUAACCGAUAUUCAAUGAUCAUUGAUUAUUAUUAGAACACAUUAUCACAUUGAACCAGUAAUUAUUGCUACACAUUGCAGAUCAAGUAAAGAAAAUCAAUAGUUUUUUUGACUGUAAUUAAAACAUUUUUGUAACCAUUAUUGCACAUUACACAAUUUAAUAAUCAUUGAUUGUAAUUAAAAGAGCUUUGAUUAUUUCCCACAAUCAAGUUCACAAAUGUAUUUGUAAUUAUUCAAACACCUGUUGAUCCUUAACUCCUCUUAACUUCAUAUAGUGAAAUCAGAGUUUCUUUAUACAUUUUCUUGUAUAUUUGGAUAUUUGAAUGUUUGAGCUCAUUGCUUAACCCGUUCCAAAGUUUAAUGCCACACACUGACACACAGAAACUUUUCUUUGUGGUUCUUAUAAGUUAAGUUUGGUCUUGAAGUUCCUACAUCCCCUCAGUUUGUAGCCGCCUUCAUUUUCUAAGAACUGUUUUUGGAUAUUAAACGGUUAAUGAUUUCUCACUAGUUCUGUAUAGAAGUUGGGAGGUGAAAAAAUCAACAAGGUCAUACAUUUAAAAUCUGAUGAUCAAAUAAAUUGUUUGUGUGAUCAAGAUGGCCAGCUUUAUGUACAAUUCUGAUGGCUUGUUUUUUUAAGUAAAAUGACAGGAUAUUGUGAACUAAUAAUUAUUCCCCCAAAUUUCUAUAAAGUAGGUAAAAUGUGGUAAUAUUAAGGAGCAGUACAAUAAAUAUCUACUGUUGUAUUCUAAUAUAUGUUUAGAUCUAUUUAUGAUUGAGAGGCUUUUUGAGACUUUAGUUUGUCUGAUGUGUGGCUUCCAACUUAGUUUGUCAUCAAUAAAAACCCCUAAGAAUUUGAUUUCAGUAACACUUUCAAUUGAGACAUUAUUUAUUUUAUUUGAGAGCUCGGUAUUGGCAUUAUAGUUACUAAAAAAACAUCACUUUGGUUUUAUCUAGGUUCAAAGAUAAAAGUGACAGACCACCACAUUCAUUUAGUGAGCCACAAGUUCAUUGAACUUGGAUAUCUAUACAUGCUUUAGGAAAUAAUUGAUUAGCUUUUAAAGUAGGAAUCUGCUAGGGCCUUUGACAGCAAAGAAAAAUCUUUAUUUCGGAGCCAAAGAAGGAGAGAAAGGAUGAAAACAGAUUGAUUUGAACUAGAGUUGCUGCUUUUUGUCUUUAAAGAUUUUCUUUGGAUCACCCAGGAUGGCACUCUAAUACACUCUGUCCUUUUGAUCGAUACGAUCCUACUGUCUUCCAACUCCAGCAGUGAAUGUUUUGUAUUUUGACUGAACUUUUUGUGGUAAUGCUGCCUGUGGAUGACUCCCUUAGUGGCUCUUUGCUGCUUAAAUUGUGAAAUUAACUGUGACUUUCAUUCUGAAGAAUACAACGUUGUAUUUUGUUCUUCUUCCACAAUCCUCCGGGUGUGAGCAAACCAAAAAGGUGGGGGGGGAAUGGUGCAUUUGUGUGGAGAAGGGUGGUGUUGUCUUAAAGUAGAUAUACCUUGGAAGUAAAAUAAGCAACAAUCAAAAAUGGUUAAGUGCCUCCACCUUGGCCACUACAAAAAUAACCAUUUUCUGCCUUUUUGGAUGGCUCUCUGGGGAUAGAAACUGUGAUGUGGACCAACCAGGCCAGUGCUAAGGCACUCUAACAGUUAAUCUUGUUUUUGUAAUCAAUUCUAAUGUCAAAUGUAUGUUUUUUACUAAACAUGUAUUUUUAUAGUUUUUUUUUAGAACAUUGAACAUGAUUGUUAAUGUUUGUGGUUUUACAAUAAAACCUUAAAAACAA